GUAAACAUAGAGUGUUACCCAUCGAGAAAAUCAUGGAUAUUGGCUAAUGAACAGUCGACAAUUUUGCCAGUUUGUGUUAUUGUCAAAAUAUCUUUUAUUGUACGAUCCAGCCUAAUUCAGCAGCAAUGUUUUCAGCGUAUGAACACUUGUCAGCUUACGAUAGACACAAGAAGCUUAUAAACGAUUACUUGACAUUACACGGAAAAUCUAUAUCUUCAUUGAAGCGAGACACGUCCCGGGACAAAACUGAUUAUGAUGUCAUUAGAGAAAAUCACAAAUUUCUGUGGGAUCAAGACAAAGAUGUAGCAGAUACAUGGGGUGCUAGAUUGGCAAAAAAAUACUAUGAUAAAUUAUUCAAGGAAUAUUGUAUAUGUGAUCUUACGUAUUAUAAGUGUAAUAAGGUUGCUUUAAGAUGGAGAACUGAAAAGGAAGUAAUAGUUGGGAAAGGACAAUUUGAAUGUGGGAGCAAAACUUGCAAAGAAAAGGAAAGUCUUCGUUCUUGGGAACUUAACUUUGGCUAUGUAGAACAUGGAGAGAAGAAGAACGCUUUGGUAAAAUUAAGGCUAUGUGUAGAAUGUUCUGCCAAACUUAAUUACAGUUCACAAAAACGUGAAGUCAAAAGAAAAAAAUGUUUGAAGCGUUUGGGUAUAUAUGCUGACAAUAACGUACCUACUACAUCUAGUAAUUUAGAAUCAGAUAUGCAAACAGAACUAGAUUCUAGUUUGCAUGAAACAGAAACUAGCGCUGAAAAUACUAAUGUGGAUAAGUCAAAUAUCUGGAAAGAAAAGCCAACAGAAGAUGUGGAGAAAACAAGAGAGAAGGAAUUUGAGGAGUACUUGGCAGACUUGUUUAUGUGAAUGCAAUUGAGACUUUCAAUGGUUACACGAUGUGAACUUUGACAGCGAUAAACCCUUAUCUAGACUAUUGGAGAAACAAUGUUGAAUCAAUAUAUAUAUAUAUAUAUCUUUUCCUUACAUAAUAU